UGCGAUGUAUUUACCAGCAGGAGUAAUGAAACGGGGGAGAGGGGCAUUUUCCGCAGCUCACUGGUGAGACCGCAAAACGCCGCUGCCCGCUGAGGACAGACGCAAAACUUUCGGACAGCGGAUUUUUUUUCUUUUCUUUUUUUUAUUUAAACAGAAAAGGUCAAUUAUCUUCUUAUUUUUUUUGGAGGGGUGUUGGGAGGGAGGAGGACAGGGGGGGCGUCGGUAGGCUUUUUUAUCCCGUUUCCCCUCCGAAACGUGACUUUGUCGCAGUUGGUUGGAAGUGAUUUAGUGGGCAAUGCUGAAGGAGGAGGAGAGAUUUUGCGGAAUUCUCGCCGUUACCUGUGUUUUCCUCCCAAACUUCAGCCCGGAUAGGAAGCGCUGACUCCUCUCCCGUCAAGUGAAUUAGCCAGAGGGGCUUCAGCCGCCCUGCACCAUUACAGCCUUCAAUAAUGUUGGGGCCAACACAUCACAACCGGCCCCCUCGCUUCUGACCCAACAUGGAGCUCAAGGUCUGGGUGGAUGGAGUCCAGAGGGUUGUCUGCGGGGUUACUGAGGCAACCACCUGCCAGGAAGUGGUGAUAGCGCUGGCCCAGGCAAUAGGUCGCACUGGGAGAUACACUCUGGUAGAAAAAUGGCGGGACACAGAGCGCCACCUCGCCCCUCAUGAGAGCCCUGUGGCUUCUCUGAACACCUGGGGCCAGUAUGCCGGUGACGUCCAGCUGAUCCUGCACCGCACGGGCCCUUCGCUGACCGAGCGACCCCCCUCAGAAGGACCACCUCUCAGGGGGCCGGAACGCGGGCUGCACCGGCAGAGCCUCCCUCCGCUUGCAAAGCUCCGUCAUCCCAAUGAUCGCUCCCUCCGCCGCCGCGAACCGCGCCGCAAGUCUCUCACGUUCACCGGUGCACCCAGAAGCCUUAGGGAGAUACUGAGUGGGGGCCAAAUUGGUGAGGCCGAGGCCAAACGAAGGCUUCUGCUGGGGAACGGUGGGAAUCAUCACCAUGCAGGACCGACUAUCGGGAGCACGUCCCCUGGCCUGUGGGCCUGUCGCAUGGAAGAUCUGGUCAGACUGGUCGGUCUGCAGAGAGAGACUCUAAAUGUGCUGGAGAAGAAGCUGGAGGCCUAUGAGGCUGAGCUUCAAAUCUGGGCUGAGGGGCGAGGGGGGCGAGGAGGGGCCUGUCCUGGGGACCCAGGUGGAGUGUUGAUAGAGGAGAUCCUGAGGCUGGAGAAGCACCUGAGGAAGAAUGAAGUAGAAAUGGAGGAGGAAGAGUUUUGGGCCACUGAGCUGCAGAUCGAGCUGGAGAGUGAGAGACAGCUGGAGGAGAGGCUGCAGGAGCUACGUGGGCGUCUGCAGGGCUGUGAACUGGAAAUUGAAGAAAAGCUGGCAAUGGUACAGGGUGUCGAGGCAGGCCUGGAGGAAGAGAAGCUGCAGAGAGAGCGGCAGGAGACCCAGUGGGUCAGCGAGGCAGAGGCUCGGGCUCAGGUCCUCCGGGUUAAAGCAGAGUUGAAGGCCCAAGAAAGACAGGCUGUCCAGCUGGAAAGCAGCUGCAGAGCUGUGGACCGGUCACUUGGACAAAACAGCAAGAAACUGCAGGAUAUGCAGCACGAGCUGGAGCAGCUGACCAAGGAGCUGAGGCAGGUUAACCUGCAGCAGUUCAUCAAGCAGACCGGCACUAAGGUCACGGUGCUGCCGGCAGAACCCAGUGAGGACGAAAGCACCCACAACAGUCAUGGUAUAGAUCUAGUUCCCCUGUCCGGCUCACUGAAGCGCCCCGUGUCCUCACACUCGAUGUCCGGCCAUCUCCGGGUUCUCCAGAGCCCCCUCAGCUCUGGCCUGAACCCAGAGGGGAUCUAUGUGUGAGGCGGUUGUACUCAGAGGGACCACAUCUUGUCCCCCCACCCCACCCCACCCCACAUCAAGAGCCAGUUUCACACCAGAACUGAUUUGUAAGUGGAUAUCUUAGUACAAGACGCCUCCGUAGCACACUACUAUGCACUGUUUUUCCAAUUACCCGAAGGCAACCCUUAUUGUGAAGACAGCAUCUUAAAACGGAAGUCGUGGAGCACUUGGGUGAAAGAGAAUGAAAGAUGGUUAGAAGCUGUGGUGUGAAAAAAACAAAAACAAUAAACAGGGCAACACAACCAUGUUCCCGUGGUGCGAUGUCUCUGAAAAUGUUUCUUUCUAAACAUCAGGCUUUUGUGGACUUCCUUUCUAAACAUAUCCACUUAAUGUACUUCUACUCUCACUUUAGUACCUGCUGAAUGAUUUCUAUUGUUUUCUCUCUCUAGCAUCGUGAUUGGAAACUCUUGCCUUUUGAACAGUAUUCUUGAGUAUGUGAAUCUAUGAAUUGUAUCUCUGAAACCACAUGUACUUUUCUCCAGCGUGACGUCUGGUUCUUAAAUAAGUGAAGGAUCCACUUGUAGUAAAAACGGUGAAGAAUCUUGUCUUUUGGUUUUUUUGUUUGUUUUCUUGCAUAGCAUAUCAUACGUGCUCUGUUUGCUCAAGUUAAAACUAUGCACAAACGGUUAAUAGUUUUGUUACUGAAGAAUGUUACUGUCCGUAUGUACCAAAACGAUGGCUUACUGUAAAUACAUUUUCUUACUUUUGAGCUUUAUUUAGUGAAUUAGUAUAUUUUAUUACAACGCGGUGCAUUUGCAGUUACAAAAAAAUGCAGUCCCUCAUUCCUGCAGUAAUAUCUGCAUACUGAAAGUGUUAAUUAUCCUCUUAAGCUGAUUUUUUUUUUGACUACACAGUAUAUUUUUUUUUGCCAAAUGUAUUACGCUUGUUUUUCUUAAGUAUCGUGUGGCCAAAGAUUAGCAGGUCUUGUUGCAUGAUUGUGUUGUCCGUAUAUGAAUGUGCACCCACAGCCCAGUAAAGCAGUUAGCUGAAUCUAAAAACAGGUUGGCAUGUGAUAAUAGAAUGAAUAGUUACAGCUACUGUGUGUAUUAGAGAGCGAGUGAGAUGAAAUGUGUGUGUGUUUUGUCUGCAUGCGUGCGAGUCGGGACGGUGUGAAGUUGUAGAUUAACAGUGAUUCAAGACAUGUAUCUGUUCGUGUGUGUGUGUGUGUGUGCAGAGUCUGAAUAGCCAAGGUAUGAAACCCCUCUUAGGUUGUAGUUCAGCUGCUAAUCACAUCAAAGUGCCUUAUAUCCAUUCCACAGUUGGUGUAUUCAAAUAAUGUACAGUAAAGCUUUAGUAGGGGGACAUCGAAGGAACCAUCAUAGCCAGUUUAGAUCAAACGUAAGUAGAUGUUAGCGCUGAAACGGCGAUAGCACAGCAGCAAAGAGGAACGUUUUUUUUUUCUGUUUUGUAGAAAUGUCACUGUUUUCUAGUGCGCUCCCCUUUGCCGCUGCGUUAUCGUCACCUCGAUACUACGUGCUGUAAUAACGACUUAAUUUGAUUCCUUUAUUCUCGUCAUGCAACACAUGUAUACUGUAGUUUCGAUCAGUACUGUCACAUAGUUAUGGUCACUGUUUACAACUGCAUAUCUUCUAGAGAACUGUAAGAUGUCGACUGUACAUAACCUGUUUUUUUUUUUUUGUUGUUGUUUUUUUUUUCCUGCCUUAAUAUACUGCAAAGUGUUGACAGAUAUAUGGCUGUAACAGGCUGCUGAUAUGACAUGGAUUGCAUGGUUCAAUAAACCAUCUGACAACA